GCCGCCGGUUUGCGAACUGGAUAAAGCUGAGGCCGCUCCUUCAGUAGCCCCGGGAUACAAAAAAAAAUAGCUGGAGUGAGGCCCCUUGAUGAAAUCUGAAAUCUGAGUCCAUAGGGGCAACAUUGGGGACGGCCUCGAGCGCAAUGAAAAAUUGGAGAUUUCUAGUAAUUGGCAUUUAUUUGAUAUUUGCUACGACCUAGGCAAAUCGCGGCUGAAGAUCCUGCACUUUGUCAUUGUGUCUAGUUUCGGACCGCUGCGGACCUAGAGGACAAAAAUCCCUGAUCGACAAGGCUAGUUCUGUCCCUGAUAGACAAGGCUAGUGCUGUACCUUCGUGUUGUGAAGUGCCGUUUUGUUACGAAUCGAUCACGCUACAUGUCACGGCAAGGACAGGUGGAAGCGUUCGAACAACAAGAUCGCGGACGAGUCGCUCCUUUUCUACAAAAACUUGAAUUCUAGAACAACAACCUGUACGGUUAUUCAAAGGUCGAGACCUUCGACAACAAAGAACCUGCACAAGAAGGCCUCCGCGUGGUCGUGCUACAUCAAUCUCUCAAGAUGUCGGCAGCGCCUGAUAUCUUAAAGCUUGAUGUCGUAAAGCCUACAUCACAUAAUCCUACACAUUCGCACACGCUCCUUCGAGUGGAUGGAGCAGGACCGUCAUCACUCUCUUACUCGCUUUGCCGAGUGGAAGGCUCUGGGCCCUUACGAGGCGCACAGAGGGAAGAGGAAUGUGACAAGCUAGGCAGCCAGAUUCUGCGAUGGAUAGGAUUAAGGCUAUAGAUAUAGUUCAUCUUUUUCUGCGUCCGUGAUAUCAUUUGGCUUGUCCUCGGCAUCAUGUGCUGUUGAUUUCCUCUUAACAUCCCUCGAGAUCCUUUCAGGCACUGAUUCGUCUUGACGAUGGUACAGAGUGACCAUUUGAGACGCAAUGAUGAUGCAGAAACUCAGAACGGCGCAGUAUUUCCCUGCGAUACUCUUCAGCCAUGCAGCUGUGAAAGUCUUCUUUUUCUGCGUCCGUGAUAUCAUUUGGCUUGUCCUCUGCAGCUGUGAAAGAUGGACUAAAUAGAUAGCUCUAAUCCGAACGAAACCGACGCCGCGCCCAACGGGGAUCUAUACUGCCCAUGAAAAGUCAGCUUUGCUUCAGCAAGAAUAUGCGGACUUUCUGUUACGAUACAGCCCUACAUCAGAUCAUAGCACUGUACAUAUAAGAUAGCACUAUAUCAGAUCAUAGCACUACAUAUAAGAUAUUACUACAUCAGAUCAUAGCACUACAUAUAUAUAAGAUAGCACUAUGUAUAUAUAAGAUAGCACUAUGUAUAUCAGAUAGCACUGCAAACCAAUAUCCUACUGCAUGAAGAAGAUUCCAGCACCUGUAUCUUUUGAGCUCACCUUAGAAUUCCAGAAUACAAAGUAGGAAGCACUCUAAAUUUUGAACAUUUUGAGUGCUUCCUACUUUAUACCAUUGGAGAAGCUUCUCGUAACUAGGUGUCUACAUAGAACUUCUCCUCGAAACAUUGAAGUAAAAGCAAUUCAGUUUGCGACUAUUCGCUUUCAAGUAACUAAGAGCCAUCUUAGGUCACUUUACUCGGUCACUUCAGUUUUUUGAACUCUUCCUGUAACUAAACUUUUGCCAGAUACUCAUGAGUAAAGAUGAACCACUUCGCUAUCCCUUGUGUCUCCAUAGUCUCUUCUAAGAAGCGUGCGUUGCGCAGAGCACGAUGCAGAUUUGAACUUUCUGAAGAAAACGAACCGAAGCGAAGCUGUGAAGCUAUAUUCCACACCCUUGGGGUGUUGGUAUCUUCGGCACAGGCAGCCUAGCAGAGAGGACCACCAAGACAUUCUCAGGAUUAAGGCUUUUUUCGAACUGGAAUGCAAAAGCAAUUCUGUAGUUUUUCAGAAAAUUUGCUAAUUCUGUCUCCGACAUAAUUUAUUCUCAUGCAACCCGAAACCUGAAUUCUGUCGUUGAUAACUUCUACUUUACUAUGUAUAAGUGGAGGCGCCUUCUACAACUUUUUAAGUACCUGUUAAAACAUAACUUUGGCGCUCUGGUGCUUGGACAAGUGCCUUCGUGUCAAUUUCGUGUGUAAAAUCCUAAGUUGUAAAAGUAAUCUCAUGAUCCUACCUCUAACAUGCGCAGAGGCUUACACAGUGGACACAGGUACUAGUCUACUACAUGGAAAUUGACACAUUAGUGCUAGUAGUGGUAGCAUCUUGAGUCGACCCGCCAAGGGGUGUUUGGGUGUAGAACUGCAGUUAAGGCUCAGCUUUCAAUGGUCAUUGGGGUUGGUCACUGGCGACCCCUUGAGAGAACAGGGGAAAACGAACGGAAAGGGGAGCGCUUUGAAGGGGGUCCCUUCCGUUCAGAGUCAGUGACCAUUGAAGGCUGAGCUUUAAUGCAGAUCGUACAUCAUAUUCCUCUCGAGCCGGCCAAUGCCUAAUCCUGUCCGCUUGUCUAAAUGGAUGCAGAGUUUGUUAACUCCUGUCCCCGUAAAAUGACACACUUCUGGAACUGUUUUGUCCCGCCAUUAGGCUAGCAGUACUAAGUGGGACACCAUGACGAUUUUGAAAAAUGUUGACUCUCUGUUUGUCAAUUUUGGUCAACUACGUGAGUUGCAGGUUGAGGAAUGUCUCAACCAACGAACUUGUCACAACCAACUCAUUAGUUGAGGAAUGGCACUAAUGUCUAUCCUGACUUGUUCGAUACAGCAAUUCCAUCUAAAUCAAUUACCCUACAGUGUCGGCGUUUGGUACCCGCCUCAACCUCAUCACGGCAAAGUCGUUGGCAAGCGAUUUUCCGAUGAUAUCGAACGGAGAUACUUAUGAGUAGUUGAUAGUUGCCCCAUCCGUAUAUUAUAAACUAUACGUAUACUGUAAAAUAAACCAUCCAUUUCUUAUACUAUAAAAACCGAUAUUAAAAUUAAUAUAUAUUGCUUAGGAGUCUCCAUAGUACAGGAGUUAGUUGUACAAUCCGUGUAAAGCAACGCGGAUAUUGCCUAAACCACAUGUCCUGUUUCCUAAACCUAACCGGGUAUUGCCUCCUCUCAUGAUUCAUCGUAGUGUCUAUGUGUUCUUGCCUUCAUGAAAUUAAAGGCUUAGCAUAAUUCCUAAUUGACUACAACCAUCAACAGUAGUAUGUAUGACUACUAGAAGAUGUUAGGACAAUCUAGACGUUGUCUGUGACAUGACGUAUAAGCCAUCUAGUUUAUUCCGACACAACAAAUAUAGCCUUACGACCUUUUGUCAGGCAUGUCAAGUACUCAAUCGAAUCUCCGCAAUAGAAUCAAUCAAUUUCCUCGGCAGACGAGAGGUAAGCAUCAAACUGGGUAGCCUAUAAUGAAGAUCGCCAGGAACACCACCUUACCCCAUGCGUAGAAAGCAGUAGUAUAUGAAAUCUCAAGUCCGUCGAACAUCUAGUUCUUCUCAAAAUUUUAUUCAGCCGUACUCUAAGAAAGAAGCCGAAGAGGGUUGCUGCUCCGAAGCUUGAGAUAGGCAAGCACACGCCGAAUGUCAUUGCCUUUUCGCCUCCGCGAAAGCCUCCAGCUCAGGUACCUUCUAAAUCUGUAGACGCACGUGACUGA